GCGUGGGACCAAGCGGUUAGUUUGAAUACGGCGCCACUAAUGGCGGCCUCGGCCAGGCAGUGACAUUGAGUGAGAGCAGAGAAAAGGCGGCCAGGGAGUCGCUGUCUUCUUUCUCCUCAGCCGUGGGACCCGGAGGCUCGGAAGGAAGACGGAAAGGGCCCCUAUUCCUGUUUGGAAGCGCUUUUUCUGGCUAGGUGAGGCGGAAGCGGAGGCAGGGCGUCACGGUGAGGCGAAGUGAGCGCUUGAAAACCGGGCUUGGCGCUUCCACGGCCUUCUCCUCAGGAGCCACAAAGCCUUCUGAUGGUACUCUUCUUAUCACUUAGCCCAGGCAAAUUUCGGCCCUCCAGGUGUUUUGGACUUCAACUCCCACCAUUCAUAACAGGUAACCAGAGUCUUUCAAAAUGGACAGAAGUUAUUCUGAAACAAAUGAGGAAAAAGACUUCACAGAUGGUACAAUUAAAAGAAGAAUUUCUUCAAUUUUAAAAGCUCCAAGAACUCCUCUCCAAACCUUAGGGAGUGGAAAUGAAUUAAUCCAGAACUGCAAUGUUGAGAAACGUCAGAGAAAUUCUAGGCGUGUCAGUUUUGCAGAUACUAUACGGGUCUUCCCACCAGAUCCUCAAAUCAUUGUGGAAUCAAAGCAGGCAGUUUCAGAAACAGCUGGAGAACCAAGAGUUCAAGAUUUUUUUCAAAAAAAUGAAGAUCCAGAAGUUGUUUCAUGUGAGAUCACUGGGAUGAGCACUUUACUUCAUGCCCCCAUCCAGACAUGUUUGCAGCCAACAGAGUGUUGGGAUGCAGAAUCUUGUCAAGCAUGGAACAAAAUGGAUAGAACAGUCAUAUUUUCAGAUGAAAAUGAAAUGGAUAUGACGUCUGGUCACACAAUGUUGAUUACCCAUGACAUUAGAAUCUGUGAAGAAAUUAACAACACAAGGAAGAUAAAUUUCGAACCUUAUUCAGCUGAUUUAAAAUCGGGAAAUGAAACUUCACAAAUGAAUGAAUGUCAUUUAUUCAGCAGCCCUGAAAAAAUGAAACAGACAAGUUUAUCUCAACAGCGGCUGAACACUGAAAACACCCCUAAAAUUAACUUUAGUGACUUCAUGAACAGCUUGAAGUCUACCGUGCAUUCUCUACCUGCAGGAGUUCUGGAAAGAAAAGUUGGUUAUUCCUACUUUCAUGAGGAAGACUGCAACACAACCACGGCUUCUGAAGUAGUUUAUAAUAUACAAAACCAUGUAACAUCUAAACUUUCUAACAAAAGUACUGUCACACUUCCUUCAAAGCAGGUAGCUUAUGAACAAGAAAAUACAGGCAUGGUUAUUACCAAUAUGGAAAAUGUUUUGCCACCUGGAACUAGCUCACUUAACAUAGCAGAUUCCCAAGAAAGCUCUAGGAGAGAUUGGUUAGCUAGUAAUAACAUGGACAGUAAUGGAUUAAAGACUUCUAGAAAUCCAUUUGGUGUUCAAGAGGAUCAACGUGUGUGUGCAAAUGAACUAACCAUGAAUCAUAUAGAAUCAAUUGCUGAUAAAAAACAUACUGAGAUAAAGGAGGAUGCCCCAUUUGCUCAUUAUUAUAAAACCAGUAUAAUGCCUAGGCCUGUUGACUCUGUCACUUCUAUGCCUGUUUUCCAUGCAGACAAAACUACUGCAUUUUAUGACUUCAGUGCAGAUAUGGAACUAACAGGGAAUUGCACAGGUUUAGCCUGCGAAGAAAAUUUCAAGGGAAUAGGCAAUCCUUUUGCUCUGGAUUUUGGCAAACAGGGAAAUAAUGUCUCCAGGCUAAUGGAGAAAACUAUUUUUCAAGAAGAGCAUAUGGACAUCACAAGCAAUCAAAUCCCUUCACAUUCUUAUCUACAUUCUGCUUUGAAUGAACGACCUGGUCCACUUCAAGAGGUUACUUAUAAUACAAUGGGUCUACCAAAUUCAAGAAUACUGGAUAUUCCUCAGACAUCCUGCCUCCCUGAGACAAACUAUUGCCCACUUGGUCCAGUAACAAAGAGUUUUGGAAGUCAAGCAGCGAGUCCCUUUCUUUCCUCAUCCAAUGACAUUAUACAACAGGCUCAUACCAUAGUAGGAGAAAAUAAAAUGGAAAAAAAGAGUGGACUUUCAAACAGAGUGUCCUUAAUUUCAGAUGAUAAAACUGCCACAUUUCAUUUCAGUGAGAACAUGGACAUUACUAAACCUAUAACUUACUUAGAAAACUCUCUGAAUGCUAUGCCUCAGCAAGGAAUAGAAAAUGAUCGAAAAAAUGUGAUAGGGUUGAACAGUAAUAAUACUGUUCAAUUUUCCCUAAAUGAAGACAAUGAAAUUGAUAUUACCAGAAGCCAUACAGUGCCAGUAAAGUGUUAUAUGCAGCCAUGUCAGAGAACCCAUCAAGCAUGCUCUAUACAAUCUGCAACUGAAUCUGUUUAUAUGUGUAAUGAUUAUAUGGAUGAAACCAGAGCUAUAACAGGAGUGAUAGAUCAGUUUAUAGAAACACCUACAGAAAAACGAAGUAAUGAAUCUAGGAGAAGGACACUUACUGGACCACUCAAAGAUAGGACUAUUGUACUUAAUGAUGAAAAUGAAAUGGAAAUUACACAGAGCCAUACAGUGGCAUUAAAACAUGAUGAUGUUGCUAAAAGUGUGGAUGUUCCUGUUUCAUCAGCUCUUUUUUCAAAGAAAACUUCCAUGCUUACAGUUGGUGAGGAUAUGAAAAUAACUAAGCCUGUUGAAUAUGUAACUGAAAAAUCUCUGCAAAAUGAAAGAAAGAAAGAAGUAACAACAUCAGCUAGUGAAAAAACAAGACCUGCUCUGACUGAACACAAUGGCAUGAGACUUACCAAGAGACUUACAAUGGCAGUAGAGGAAACUCCUCCAUUGUUUUCCCUAAUGCUUGCAGAGAAACGCAACAUGUCUAUACAUAGCGGUGACAUAAGUCAGUCCACACAUUUUGUUCCAGCAAAUAAAACUAUCCUUUUUAUGCACAAUAAUGACAUGGAAAUAACUAAGCCCAUGACAUCCACAUCUUUAAAAGAUACCAGAGUCAACGAUUUGGAAGUGGAAAAAGAAGAAACUAUCAAAAUGAUUCUACAAGGAAGAACAAAGGAAGAGACUGAUGCUUACUUGCCUGAUAACUGUGAAAUGGAAAUUACGAGGAACCAUACAGUUCAAAUAAACCAUGAUAUUCUCCAUCAAGUUAAGGAAACUCCUCAAGGAUUGACCUCGGCUUCUGUUGGUAAAACCAACAUAUUUACUCACUUGAGUGAUGCAAAAACUCAGUCCAAAACUUUUGUUCCUGCAGAUAAAACAUUUACUUGCAAUAAUGACCUGGAAAUAACAAUGCCUGUAUCCGAUGCGAGUUUCACUGCUUUGUCACUAAAAGGAAAAGAGAUUAGGAAGACUACAUUACUAGGGUUAGAUAAAUAUGAUACUAUUGUUUUUUCACAACAUGAUGCUGAAAUGGAGAAUACAAAGUGCCAUACAGUGAGAGUUACCCAUGACAUUUUAUCUCAAUGUGCAAGGUCUCCACAAGUAUCAUUUCAUCAGGAUAAUAUGAACACAACAGGAUCUCACACUGUUACUAAGGAAAUGGUGGCUGAUGAUCCACAGGUCAAUAAAAAACAUUCUAUCACACUUGAUAAUAAAACAGACUUGCCUUGUAAGGCAACCCUCCAAGCUGAGCCCACUUUUCCUGUCAGCACUAAUGCUACCUAUAAUGGGAAUCUCGAGGAAAGUGAGAAAAAAGAAAUGCCAGAUAAAAACAUAAAACAGAAUAUGAAUAAAGUGCUUUCUCAUACAUAUGGUGAGGUAAUACAAGAUAUAGAUGUUACAGAAAACCAAGUAGUUUCCAUUUAUGGCUCUAAUAAUGAUGUACCUGAUGCUACAAAAGAGAUAUUAAACCCUUUCACAAAGUCCAAUGAAAAGGCAGUUGUUUCAGAUGGCAAUAACAUGGAAAUCACCCAGAACUACAGAACAGGGAUUGAAUUUAUGCACAUGAAUGAUAACAAUGAAUGCCACACAAAUUCUGAAGCUAAAUUGAGCUCUGGAUUUCCUCCUUUGGUUAAUGAUUACAAAAGCAAAUUAGAGAUUGCCAAAACUGAGAAAAAUCCUAAACUAACAACAAAGCUGGAUUCUUCCCUGAGUGUGAAAGAAGAUCCUAAAAAAGACUUGGAUACUGCCGCCUCUACAGAAUGGACAGAGGGUGCUUCUCUUAAAGUACCCUUGCAUACCGAAAGCUAUAACAUUACAAAAUUGCCCUUGGGUAUCUUUCCACCUAAGCUACCAAGUAAAAGAAAGUCUACCGUUUCAAAUACAGAAUGUGCAACUGCUGGAUUAGAAAAGAGAAAACAAACUCAAGAUUCAGAAGUUUCUCCGCUUAUUAAAAGAUUAUCAGACAAAUUAGCACAAAAUCCAAAUCUAUCUUGUUAUAUAAAUGAAGAAUUGCUUCCUGCAUAUGAAGAAGAAAUUGAUUCUAAUGAGGCUUUAAGUUGUGAUAUGCCAGAAAAGCUUUAUGAUGUGCAGAAGGAUGUAGGAACUACUGGUAAUGAAGGCGGCCUGACUGAAACUAAUAAGAGACAAAGGGCUUUGAAUCAAGAAAACGAAGAACUUCAAAAAGAAAAAAAAUUCAAGAGAGAUGAGGGCUGGAAUGACUCUACUGAUUUCAAGCAGCCCCUCUGCAGCACAGCCAUUGCUUACAUCCAGGGAGCAACCCAAGAAGAUAAAAAUGUUCCAGAAUUGAUAGCUGUGAACCUGGAAAAGACGCAAGGCAGCAACUGCAGCUCUUUGGAUUCAGGCAAGACUGAUACAGACUUCAGUAGUUUUCAGCGAAAUAGUGAGAUGGAAACUCCGCUUCUUGUGGAUAGUAUUUGUGAACAAAAUUUUCAGGAGAAAUUACAGGAGGGUACCAUAACAGUCCGUGAAUUUUUCACACUCCUUGAAGUCCAUGUUCUGAUACAGAAACCACGGCAAAGUGUGCUCCCACCAAAAUAUGAAGUCAACACAACUCCUAACCUGGAAGACGAGAUUAUAAAUCAGUAUGUAUACCACCCCAAGUUGCUGUCUUAUAAUGAAGACUGUCAAGCCCUCUGCAAGACAAUAGAUGAAUUAAAGGUAAAUGCAAAUGACCAGGAUAAACUUCUAGUGAAUGUGCAUAAAAGUCUGUGGGAAGUAAUGAGAACCUGUUCUGAUGAGGAGCUGAAAGGCUUUGGAGCAGAACUGAACAAAAUGAAAUCUUGUUUUACGAAGAAGAGUAAAGUACUUGCUCACAAAGGAAAAGCAAAAUUAUAUUCAAAGUUGGUGCAGAAUGCAGAGCUCCAGUGGGAAAAGCUGCAGUCAAGAUUAGCUAAAAUAGAUGAACUUCUGCAAGAAAUGGAUAGCUGCAUCAAUGCUCUGGAGACAGAAGCUGCUGCCUUGAAAGAGGCUGAGCUGGAUGUCAAUGAUGUCGUAUCAGAAUAUGAGUCAAAAGUGAGGGACACUGAGAGAGAGCUGGAAGACCUCAGAAUUCAAGAGGAGGCUCUUCAAAGAGAUCAAUCAAAUCUCAGAGAUAAAAAACAACACCACGUUUCUGAAAUUAGCCAUCUCCAGGAAUAUGUAAAAAAUUGUAAGGAUAUUACAGAAAAAUACAACUUUUCUGAGUGGGUGAUGAAAGAAUGGAAUGAUCAUCAAGCAGUUUUCACUUUCCUUUAUGAUUCUAUUGAGCUUCUUGUUGAGCUUGAGUGUCCUGUAGAUGGUGCUGGUUACAACAACAAGAUUGUUAGUGUGAACUUUGAAUCGCUCUUAGAUGAUGACAGUGCUUUGCCUUCCUCGAAGCUUGUACAUAGGCUCAUUUUCCAGUUUAUUAAUAGUCAGAGUUCACGGCUAGAGAAAUGCUCAACAGUGCAUCAUCUCUCUCAGAUUCUGCAUGAUGUUUCUGUUGUGGUGAGUCGUUGUCAACUUCUGGGAGAAGAGAUAGAAUUUCUGGAUCGAUGGGGUGGAAAAUUUUAUCUGCUCAAAACAGAGGUGAAUGACACAAAGGUGAAGUUCUUAUUCUCCAGUUCUGUAGCUUGUUCGAGUUUUGAAGUUGAAUUCUCUUUAUCUGCCAACUAUCCUGGAUCACCAGUAGCAUUCACCAUCCAGAAAUGCACAGGCAACCUUAGCCAAGGAGACAUUUCUAUGAUUUUGUCUAACGUUCCAGUGGGAACUAACUACUUGAGAAGAAUAGUCAAGGAGAUUAGUCAUAAUCUGCUCCAGUGUUCUCCUUCAACAAUCCAGAAACAGCAAAGAGUAGCUGUUCGAUAGUACAUUUUGCCUCUGGAACAAUGAAAGAAAUCUUAUGUCACCUGCUGAGCAGUACUGUCUCAAUGGUCCAGUAUUUAGGAAGCACUCAUAUUGAACUGUUCUGUAAAAUCUAGCAAAAAGAGAAUUUCAUAUCAUUUAUUUAAAUGUUUCUCAUCUUCAGCUGCUAACAGUGGCUACCUUUGUUUCUGGCGAAUGUUCUUACAUAAAGUAAUGUUGCCAUUUUACAUCUGAUUUAUACAUCUUUCGGAGGUGAAAUUCUGCAGUAAAAGGCCGUGUUCUAAGCUGCAUCACUUUUACUAUACAUGUACAAAUUAACAGUGCGUUGGAGAAAUUGAAUAGGCCUUUCUGUGAUGUUUCAAAGAUACAAACUCUUGAUUCUGAGAUGGACCUAAGUUAGAUCACAUUCAGGCUUCUGUUGGCUGGAUUCAACCUCUGAGCAGAAAACUGUUGCAAUCACUAGACUGCAGAGAAUCGCGUUUAAACAUUUAUUCAGGCUUCUUGCCUUUGGUAAAGUUUGGUUUACCAUGGUAACAUGACCAGAGUGUCUGUUUUCUGGCCUGUAGUUACUGGGAAUUUUUGUAUGUAUAAUAUGUAAAAUAUAUUAUUUUAAUUUUUUUAAUUAUGAA